CGCCUCCUUCGGCUGAGUGGGGCGGAGUCGUCCGCGCGCGGCGCUGUCAACAGAGUCUCGCUUCAGUGUCGCCACCAACACCUGUCCGAGCGCGUCUCGCUCGUCCGCGACUGCGUGCAUGCGUGUGCCGUGUUCACCGCGCCGCUGCCGGCCUUCCGCCGGCCGAGAACUCCCGUGCGUGUGCGCGCGAGACGCCAAUAUGACUGCAGCCGGCAUCCGCUGAAGCGUCCUCUGCAAUCCCCACCGCCCUGAAGAAGCUGUCUACGGACCACGAAGACACUCGCGCUGCGCCUCUUCAUUUUCCCCCCCGCCAAUUUCGUCGUGCUCGGGCAAGGGGCGGACGCGGUCAAAGGAUUGACCAAUCAGCGGCCGGCGAUCCAGGUGCCGCGGCUGUGGAAUGUCCAGCGACCAGCCGGGCGGCUGUGACCGCCUCAGUUCCAGCGAGGCCAGCGACACCAGCACCAGCAGGAGCGCGAGCAACACCAGCGCGGCCGACGCGGACGUCGACGGGGCCACCGCCAUGGGGAAGCCGCAGACACCGCCGCACCUGCGCGCGGCCGACGCCAAGGGCCAGCUCUCGCCGCAGGCACCCUCCGCCGGCUACCACUUUUACGCCUACGAGUCGACACAGCUUCAGCACGCCGACUUUGCUGCGUACGGAUACCGCCCGAGCGACCAGUUCGAGGGGCAGGCACACGGGCAGUCGGUGGCCAUGGUGCAGUCGCAGCAGCAACACCAGCUCAGCCCGCUGGGGCAUCACCAGCAACAGUUCAACACACUGGACCACCACCACCAGCAGCACCAGCUCAACAUCCUGGAGACACCACUGCAUCACCACCACCAGCAACAACACAGCCCACCAUCUUCUCCUGCAGACGCCACCUACCUCGCACAGGACUCCUACCAGUACAGAGUGGACUUCUCGCGCGACUGGCAGUCAGCACCAGACCAGCAUCAGCUCUACCAACAGCACCAGCAGCAACAACAACAACAGUAUCACCAGCAACAGCAACAACAACAGCAGCAGCAGCACGCGCUAGUGGCCUCUAGCUCGGCGCGCAGCCCGCUAGCUCCGGGCAACGGCUGCAACAGCGUGAACAACGGCAACAACAGCGAUGAAGAAAACAACCCGGUGGCCGCAGCGGACAACGGCAACAGCACCAGCAGCGGCGGCAGCGGCAGCGCCGCCGGUGAUCGCAACAACCUCGUCACGGUCGUCGCCUUCGCCGAUCUCCAACAACGCAACACUGAGCAACAGUUGAAUGCUUACGUUAAUCAUCACACCGGUAACACCAGUCUGCUGUCCAUCGGGCCUGGCUGGGGAAAAGCAGUCUCUGCUGCUAUUUCAGGAGGAGCAUCUCAUCGUAAUGACCAAGUGAAUUUUAUCACAACUCAGGAGCAACAGUGGAAUAAAUAUAUUAGUCAUCAAGCCGGUAACACCAGUCUGCCACCCUGUGAUUCUAUUUGGGUAAACGCCAUCACUAGUGCUGUAACAGAAGCAGCUUCUCAUCGUGGUUGGGGAAAUGCAAUCAACAGUGCUAUCUCAGCAGGAGCUUCUCAUCAUAAGUACCAAGCAAAUUUUACUGCAGCUCAGGAGUAUUCCAACCAGCUACCGGCUGCUUUACAACAGACUUGCUCCAUUGCGGCAUCGAUGGGCCACGCCUCCUUGGCACCCAGCAGCUAUGUUAACACACAUUCCGUGGGACCUCCGAAGCCUCCACUGCCAGUUAUCACUUCCAGCAGUCCUGCCGUCACAGCAGGUGCCAAACCGGUGUCAGUUUCGGCCUCAUCAAGCCCGACGAGGCCCUCGACCGGUUCGGGGCCGACGAUCAGCAAGCGGGCCCGCACGGCGUACACUUCGCAGCAGCUGAUCGAGCUGGAGAAAGAGUUCAGCAUCAACCGCUACCUCUGCCGCCCGCGCCGCAUUGAGCUGGCUGCUCAGCUGGGUUUGACUGAGCGCCAGAUCAAAAUCUGGUUCCAGAACCGUCGAAUGAAGUACAAGAAGGAGAAGAAGGCCAAGGAAGCAAUGGAAGCUGCGGAGGCAGCAGGCAGUGACCAGGAGCUCUCCGCCCACCGUCGUCAAUCGUCAGGACGCAGCACACAUUCGCAGCAGAAGAGAACGUCAUCUCCCCCACCUCUAAAGGGCCUGGCCAACCCUGGGCCAUCAGCUGCCAUAUGUGCUACCAUGCCAACAGCAGCAGCAACAGCAAUUGGAGGCGGUGGGGGAUGUACACUUGACGGGUAUCAGAACCCAGGUCCAGACUUCAAUGAGUUGCUCGUGACACACAAGCCGGUCCAGCAGACUCCACACGUAUCACCUCCAGUACAGAUAAACCCAAACUUUACACCAACCGAGGCUUAUGACAGCUCAAAUUACUUCUCACAACAGAUGCAGUAUGACUACUUACAACCAAAUGUUUCUGAGGAUAGGCUGCAGCAUUACCAAAUGCAUGUUCCACCACAAGUAUAUCAGCCAACAUUCCAGUCAAUGUUGCCUGCAGGCUUUCCACAGCCAGAUGACCUUCUGUCGGUGCUACCUGGCUCUUCCAUGGACAUCAAGCCACCGGUAAUUCAAAAAAUGGAGCAUAUGGAUACAUACCAGGAACCUCUGCAGGCAGGUUUGGUACCCGCAUACAAGCAGGAGAUUUUCUGGGACCCCCAGGAUCAGCAACAGCAGCAGCAGCAACAACAACAACAGCGCCCACCACCCGCAUAUCCGGACAACUAUGCUGAGAAUAACAGCAGUGCCAGCUACUCCACUGUGUCACCGCCGAGCUUGACGGAACUUUAAAAUCAGGGUUUGGAUGCAUUACCAAAUGCAUGUUCUACCACAAGUAUAUCAGCUAAUGUUCCAGUCAGUGUUGCCUGCAGGCUUUCCACAGCCAGAUGACAUGCCGAUGCUACCUGGUUCUUUGAUGGGCAUCGAGCCACCGAUAAUUCAGAAAAUGGAGCAUAUAGAUACAGAGCAGGAACCUGUGCAACCAGGUUUGGUAUCCACACACAACCAAGAGAUUUUCUAGGACCACCAGGAUCAGCAACAACGCCCACCGCCUGCCUACCCGGACAACUAUGCUGAGAAUAACAACAGUGACAGCUACUCCACUGUGUCGCCACCGAGCCUGACAGAACGUUGAUAUCACUGGUUUGGAUGCAUUACCCAAUGCAUGUUCCACCACACGUAUAUCAGCCAGUGUUCCAGUCAGUGUUGCCUGCAGGCUUUCCACAGCAAGAUGACCUUCUGUCAGUGCUACCUGGCUCUUCCAUGGACAUCAAGCCAUGGAUAAUUCAAAAAAUGGAGCAUAUGGAUACAUACCAGUGUUUGGUACCUGCAUAGAAGCAGGAGAUUUUCUGGGUCUACCAGGAUCAGCAACAACAUCUUCCACCCACAUAUCCGGACAACUGUGCUGAGAAUAACAGCAGUGCCACUUACUCCACUGUGUUACCACCGAGCUUGAACAAACUUUAAAAUCAGUGGUUUGGAUUACAAAAUUUUAUUUCAGGACAUUGCACUGCAUCCCAUAUUCAUGUAACUUGUACAUCCAGUGCUUUUUAUAUUUUUCAGUAACGGUAUUGACUAUAUUCAGAAUGUUUUUUUCCUUAUUGAAAUUGAAAGUGAUUAAUUACAAUAAUUUAAAUUUUUGUGAAGAAAUUUUGGAUCUGGUUUGCUGCUACUUCCUCUAACACUUCUUCUAGAAUUGGUAGAAAUAUGUUGAUAAUUUCCCAUUUCUUUCUUUGACCUCUCCUUCAACAUAGGCCUGACUUCAGCACAUCAACAAAGCAUCCCUGUCCAAAAGAUUAGUUACUUACUUGAUUUAGAGGAGUUGGUAUUAUAUGACAGCUGGCUUCAUUCACUUUAUUCCAUCCCAGCAAGCAGAGUUAUUAUGUUUUGAUAAUGAUAUGUUAAUUUGUACUUGAGAUAUACUCAACUUCUUGGUACAGCCCAAAGUGUUUACUUUGCUUUGAUACUCCUCUACAUCAACAUCUGACUUUGUCACAGUCAUGAAGAAUUUAUUAAAACACUUUGGUAUUUGAGCUUGGUUAACAAUAAGGCUGUCAUCUACUUUAAUCUUAGAUAAUUUGUGAUUAGUAAUUACUUUCUAAACAAAAUUCAAUAGGCAUGACAUGUUAACUAAUAAAACAGAACUGAUGUACAAAAGUGAAGACUAAAAUUUUUGUACCUUGUAACCACUAUUCUAAGGUAAAUGUAAAAGUAGUUUUGUAAGUGGAAAAUAAACGUGUUUAUUAAACGA